AUGACAAAAGUACUAGUUACUGGUGGCACGGGCCAUGCUGGUUUCUUCUCCAUCGUGAAAUUUUUAGAGAAAGGAUAUGACGUGAACACCUCUGUCAGAGACUUACUGAAAACUGAGGAUUUGUUUAAAACGAUAAAGGACUAUGGAAACUUCGAUGAUGAAGCCAUGAGCAAAUUGAAGUUCUUCCAGGCUGUAUUGGGUGAAGAAAGUGGAUGGGAAGAUGCUUUGGAAGGUGUUACGUAUGUCAACGAUGUAGCGUAUCCUUUUAUCAACCACGUCCCUUUGGAGCAACUCAUUGAUGCUGCAUUAAAUGGGACAAUGUCCUUAGCUAAGUUAGCAGUAGCUUCGCCAUCCGUUGAGCAUUUUUGUUUCACAUCUAGUUACGCAGCAGUAGCUUUCGGUGAUACACCCAAAGACGGUUUGUACGAUGGGAAUGAUUGGACCCCAGAGGAUUCCAAAAUGUUAGAUGGUUACAUGCUUUCCAAGAUUAUUGUGGAGAAGAAGUUGUGGGAAUUCUUCAAGAGUGAUGAGAACUUGAAGAGUAAGUAUCCUACUACUUUUAACGUCAUAUGUCCAUACGGUAUAUACGGACCUGUUCCAACUAAGCAUUACUCAGGCUCUUUGGCUCCAUUGAAGUCCGUAAUUGAUGGGUCCAAAGCUCCCAUUCUUGGUUAUACUCUUUCUGUUACCGACGUCAGAAACUUAGCAGAUGCAUACGUUGCUGCUUGCGAAAAUAAGGAUUCAUAUUGGGAGAGAUUCACACUUCAGACGGAUGACGCUAUCACUUUUGAUGAUAUGACGAAGUUGGCAGUAGAAAAGUACCCAGCAUUAAAGUCUCAGGCGUCUACUGAGAAGACUCCUUUUAUAUUAGGGGCCAGGUUAGCGGACUGUUCUAAGGCAAAGAAACUUUUGGGAUACAAGCCUACUCCAAUUAAAGAGACUAUUCUUGAUUCUGUGAAAAGUAUAGUAGUGAACGAAAAAUUGGUGUAG